AUGAUGUGGGCCAUCUUCAUCACGGUGAAUGUGCUCGCCGUCCCGAUGCUCGUCCUCGCUUGGCUCGACUGCGAUGUCGUCGGAGCCCAUGUGCAGAUAAAUGAGGGCUCUUGUGUGCCACUCCGCACCAUUCUUAACUUUGGCACCUUUAUGGCGCGGUGCUUGAUUUGUGCUGACCAUGAUGGAAUUAGCCUACUCGGGGCUGGUGAACCUGCUUCUCGUGGGGUUCUCCAUUGUCCCCUCUUCUACCGGGACCUCGAUCCCGGUCUGCGCGACAAGCUCGGCGCCAUUUUUGCCAUGUUUGUUGGUCUAGGCGCUGGAAUCAUGGCCGUGCUCAAGGUUAUCGAGGUUCCGUUUCUCUCGAGUUACCUUUGUAAGUUUUUGAUCCGUUGCGCCAUCUCCCCCGAGCUGCAAAGUGAAUCUCACUUCAUCACUGGCUAA